GGGGAGGAGGGAACUACUCGGCGCCGGAGCCGCCGCCGGCGGUACCUUUCCCAGCGGCCGAGCCCCCUCCGCCCCGCCCGCCCUGCCGUGCCGGCGCCGGUCGCCGCGGCCCCUCACCUGCCCGCCGGGGACCCAGCACAGAUUUCAGCUGGAUCAAUGUGUCCAGCUUUGCAGUUAAUGUUCAAGAAAGGGGAAUGUAAACGAGUGAAGGAGCCCUAGGGAAGGGAGAAAAUGCUGGCAUAGGAAAUCCACCCAAGAAGAUGAAGCCUAAUAAAGGAAAGACCUGCACUAGGGAGAGAGACUAUGUGUACAAAUUCAAUGCUGGAAAUCAACAUUUAGUGCUCACCGUGCCUCUCAAGUUCCCUGUGCAAGAAAAUAUUAGUCACUUGCAUGGACGUCUAAUGCUUCUGCACAAUCUGCCAUGCUUUAUAGAAGAUGACCUGAAGCAAUCUCUUAGUAAGUUCAUAGAAGAGGAAACUAUAAAAGAUUAUGAUAGAGAAGCUGAAAUGGCCCUGGAAGCAGUGAAAUCAGGAAAAGUAGACAUAAACCAGCUGGCAGAUACUUGGGCUAAAGCUUAUAAAGAGGCUACGUUAGAAUAUGCAAAACCUGAAGAAACCAGCUGGGAUGAAGAUUUUGCAGAUGUCUAUCAUGAUCUGAUACAUUCUCCAGCUUCUGAAAUGCUGUUAAACCUGGAACACAAUUAUUUUGUUAGUAUCUCAGAAUUAAUAAGUGAAAGAGAUGUGGAACUGAAAAAACUACGGGAAAGACACGGAGCUGAAAUGGAUAAAGUGAUGCAGGAGCUAGGGAAAUCAUUAACAGACCAAGAUGUAAAUUCAUUAGCAGCUCAGCAUUUUGAAUCUCAGCAGGAUUUGGAGAACAAAUGGACCAAUGAAUUAAAACAGUCUACUGCUAUCCAGAAGCAGGAAUAUCAGGAAUGGGUGAUAAAGCUUCACCAGGACCUAAAGAAUCCCAACAACAGCUCAAUCAGUGAUGAAAUUAAGGUUCAGCCCAGUCAACUGAGAGAAUCUGUAGAAGGAAAUGGAAGAAUCUAUGAAGAGCAAAGACUGUUAGAAGAAAGUUUUACUAUUCACCUGGGAGCUCAGUUGAAGACCAUGCAUAACUUGCGAUUACUGAGAGCUGAUAUGCUGGAUUUCUGUAAACACAAGCGUAAUCAUCGAAGUGGAGUAAAACUUCACAGACUUCAAACUGCAAUGUCUCUCUAUUCAGCUUCUCUCUGUGGCCUGGUUUUAUUGGUAGAUAACCGUAUCAGUUCAUACAGCGGCAUCAAAAGAGAUUUUGCAACUGUUUGCCAAGAAUGCACAGAUUUCCAUUUUCCUGGAAUUCAAGAACAGCUUGAAAUUGUCCAGAAGGUUGUACUUAAGGCCAGAGCACAGCGUAGCAGUAAGUCAAAAAGACAUCAUGAAAACAAAAGUAGUGGAAAUGAAGAUAAGUUAAAGAAUAUUGAACGAAACCAGUCAAAUAUUUUGCCGGGAGAAUUCUACAUUACGCGCCAUUCAAAUCUCUCCGAAAUUCAUGUUGCUUUUCACCUCUGUGUGGAUGAUAAUGUAAGGUCCGGUAACAUAACUGCUCGGGAUCCUGCAAUCAUGGGACUCAGAAACAUUCUCAAAGUUUGCUGCACACACGACAUUACUACCAUUAGUAUUCCGCUCCUGUUGGUGCAUGAUAUGUCAGAAGAAAUGACCAUUCCAUGGUGCUUGAAGAGGGCAGAGCUUGUGUUCAAGUGCGUCAAAGGUUUCAUGAUGGAAAUGGCCUCGUGGGAUGGAGGAAUUUCUCGGACUGUUCAAUUCUUGGUACCACAGACAAUUUCUGAGGAAAUGUUUUACCAACUGAGUAAUAUGCUUCCACAAAUCUUUAGAGUAUCCUCUACAUUGACUCUGACAUCUAAGCACUGAAUUUUGUGCAGGAGUAAGGUAUAUCCUGUUGACAAAGAAUGGGAUUACAGAGAUUCUGGAAUGGAAUGACUGUUUUCUGAGGGAUAAUGACCCUAAAGUGGUAUUUGUUGCAAUUUCAAGAAUCAUGUUAUAAUAAAAGAUAAAUGCUGCCUGUA